AGCCUCAUGCUCCAGCAACAACUAAGCAAGACACUAGUUCAAAAGUGACAAUUGCCGCACUUAGUCGCAACCUGCUUACAUCCAUACGCACUGUUGACAAAUUACUCUGACCGCUUGGAUGUUGAACAAGAGUGGACCUUCAUUGGGACAUGGUCCAUAUUGAAUCUGGACCGACGUUGCGUGCAGUACUGAGUGAGGCUCGACCCACCUGGAGCGAAAAGGAUUUGGCAGCUGUGGAGGAGAAGCUCUCGCGGGUUGGUGUGACAACUGCAGAAAAGCUGGCAGAGCUGCUCUCUAAUGGGCUCAACAAGCGUCUACUUGCUGCGGGGCAAAAGGCCUUCAACAGUGAGACUUUGGCAGCUUUAAGGCAGCGCCUUUCUCGAGAGAGCCCAACACAGGACAAAGAUGACUGUGAACAGCAGGCACGACAAGCCCAUGCAAGUGAAGGAUGUCAGUCAACAUUCUCCAGUGGCAGAGAAGGAAAUGAUUGCAAGCAGGACCUGGGCUCCAACAAUUCCAGGCAGAAGAAGCCAGUUGAACCAAAGCCCAGCGAAGCCAGCUUUGUGCAGACCACUUUCUCACCAUCAGCGCCAUUUGGAAGACAGGAAGCUCUCGGUGAAACCCCGCUUAUCAAAGCAGUGAGGCAGACUGAUGUGCGCACUGUGCAAUACUUGCUAGAGCAUCGGUCCAAUCCGAACGAAAAGGACAACUUCGGUGAAACGGCUUUGAUGGAAGCAGCUGCCGUUGGUCAUCCACAGCUUUGCAAAAUCUUGCUGGAAAAUUGUGCCAACGUAGCGUACAAGUCUCCCACAGGGCUUUCUGCUAAAGACUUUGCAUCAGAGCAUGAAGUCCUUUCGCAUCUUUUUGCAGUGCCUGGAAAUUACUGGCUCGACAGAGGUCUCAGGCUGGCUGCUCGCCAGCACAACUUAGGCAAGGCGGAUCUAUUGCUGAAAAGAGUCAAGGAGGAGAAACAGCCGAUCGAUGUGAACAAGGCAGAUGGAAAUGGCUUUACGCCACUGCAUGUUUGCACGGCGAGAUCUCCUGACUCCUCCGAUGGGCUUGGCUUUGCAAAGCUAUUGCUCGAAGAGAAAGCGAUUGUCAAUGCCACAAAUCUCCUGGGAGAGACCCCGCUGAUUCUUGCCACGCGUGCAUCUGCUGAUACGAAGAACAAGUCCUGCCGCCUUAGCAUUGUGAAGCUACUUUUGGAAAGCCGCGCAGCAGUAAAUACGUCCGAUUCAGUUCUGCAUGAGACACCUCUCAUGGAGGCGGCAGGCAUAGGAGAUUCUGAACUUGUGCUCACACUGCUCCGGGCUGGUGCAGAUCAUUUGCGCAGCAGCGCCAGUGGUCAAACAGCCCUGGACUUCGCCCGGGCAGAAGAGGUGCAGUGGAUGCUCAAGAACCCAAUGCAAGCCACCUCAGGAUCACCUUGGCCAAGUGCUCCCAGACCUCAACCGAAUGCACCUGUGCCUCCUCCAGUGGCACAGCCCAAGACUCCGCUCUUCACCAAGACGCAACCUCCCUCUGGAUAUUUUACAGGGGGUACCAAAGCCGGACCAUCGAAAGGCGGUGCAAUGCCAAAGCUUCCGCAGACUUAUGCAGAAAGGUUACAGAGGCUACUUGCCAAAUAUCCGGGCUUUGUAGGUUCUGGGGUGGACAUGCCCAGCCAUGCAUGGCAGUGGACAAAUGAAGAGCUGGAACUAUUCAUUGGUAGCAUGGGCCAGUUCUGGCCGCCGAAUCGAGCUAAACCCAGCAUGAAGCCACCACCAAAUGCAGGCAGGAAAGCGCCGCCGCCAGAUCCUUGGGACCGUCCUCGACCUUCCCUGCGACCCUUCUACGAGGUCUUGGGUCUGCCAGAUGGCACAAAGAAUCAUCAGGUCCUCAAAAAGGCAUACCGGCAAGCGGCCCUGAAAUGGCAUCCAGACAAAAACCCGAACGAUCCUCAUGCUGCCAGCAAUUUCCAAAAGGCCUGCAACGCGUUUGAGCAGAUUUGCAAGGCGCUUGGGCUUGGCAACCUCUAAUCCUGCACCACAGGAAAAGCCGACGCAGGUCGAGGUGCAAAGCUCUUCUGAAGAAUCCCGACCAGAAAGGGAGCAAUGGCAUCUCCAUUCUUGAUUCAGAGAUGUCAAGAAAGGGACAAGUGAUUUUUCCUUGGGCUUGCGUGAGACAUUUGUUCUUCUUGAGGUUGCAUGGUGUUGCCAAUCAGUCAAGGGAUUAAUCAGGCCAUG